GUGCGCUGUGUUCUGCGCAGCUUGACGGCAGGUGAUGAUGCUGAGGAGCCGCAGCAGCAGAGCAUCCUCCUCUGCAGCUCCUCACCUGGACGGAUGGAUGGACGGAUGGACGGACGGAUGGAUGCGCCGUGUUUGUGGCGGAUGCGGCUUCACUGAGGAGACCUGAGCUGUGAUCCGAGCCGCUGCUUCCCCCAAACCGAGGCAUCAUGGUGGAUUUGUCCGAAACUGACGCAGUGUCGUCCGGACAGAGCCGAGCCGCUGGCCAGGGCAACUGCUCCUGCAACGGGAGAAAAAUGUCGAAAAAGUCGCGCACAAAAAGAGGGAAACGAGGCAGGAGGAGAAAGAAUAAAAAGACACCAAGGAACAACAAAACCCCGCCACCGUAUUUACCGCCUGAGGCUGAAGAAGGAAACAUCGAGUACAAGCUGAAGUUGGUGAACCCGACUCAGUAUCGCUUCGAGCACCUGGCCACGCAGCUGAAGUGGCGGCUGCAGGAGGGCCGCGGCGAGGCCGUCUACCAGAUCGGCGUGGAGGACAACGGCCUGCUGGUCGGCCUGACGGACGCCGACAUGAAGGCGUCGCUCAAAACCCUGAGGAGGAUGGCAGAGAAGGUCGGCGCCGACAUCACGCUGCUCAGAGAGAGAGAGGUCGACUACGACUCGGACAGAAACUGCCGCAAAAUCGCAGAGGUCCUCGUCCGGAAAGUUCCAGACGACCAGCAGUUCCUGGACCUGCGCGUGGCCGUCCUGGGUAACGUGGACUCGGGGAAGUCAACGCUGCUGGGCGUCCUGACGCAGGGCGAGCUGGACAACGGGCGCGGCCGAGCCCGCCUCAACCUGUUCAGGCACCUGCACGAGAUCCAGACGGGCCGCACGUCCAGCAUCAGCUUCGAGAUCCUGGGCUUCAACAGCAAAGGAGAGGUCGUGAACUACAGCGAGUCUCGGACGGCCGAGGAAAUCUGCGAGAGCUCCUCCAAGAUGAUCACCUUCAUCGACCUGGCCGGCCACCACAAAUACCUGAAGACGACCAUCUUCGGCCUCACCAGCUACUGCCCGGACUUCGCCAUGCUGGUGGUGAGCGCCAACACGGGCAUAGCCGGCACCACGCGGGAGCACCUGGGCCUGGCCAUGGCUCUGAAGGUGCCCAUCUUCAUCGUGGUCAGCAAGGUGGACCUGUGCGCCCGCGGCACCGUGGAGCGCACCGUGCGCCAGCUGGAGCGCGUCCUCAAGCAGCCGGGCUGCAACAAGGUGCCGCUGCUGGUGUCGAGCCCCGACGACGCCGUGACCGCCGCCCAGCAGUUCACACAGUCCUCCAGCAUCACGCCCAUCUUCACCCUGUCCAGUGUGUCUGGAGAGAGUCUGGAGCUGCUGAAGGUCUUCCUGAACAUCCUGCCUCCGCUCAGCAACAGCAAGGAGCAGGAGGAGCUGAUGCAGCAGCUCACCGAGUUCCAGGUGGAUGAGAUCUACUCGGUUCCUGACGUCGGCACCGUGGUGGGAGGAACGCUGUACAGCGGGGUGUGCCGGGAGGGCGAGAGGCUGGUGGUCGGUCCCACCGAUGAGGGACGCUUCCUGCGCCUGAAGGUGGGCAGCAUCCAGAGGAACCGAUCGGCCUGCAGGGUGCUGAGGGCCGGACAGGCCGCCACGCUGGCGCUGGGAAACUUUGACCGCUCGCUGCUACGUAAGGGCAUGGUGAUGGUGAGUCCUAAGAUGAACCCCACCAUCUGCUGCCAGUUCGAAGCGGCCAUCGUCCUCCUUUUCCACGCCAAGACCUUCCGGCGGGGGUCGCAGGUCACCGUGCACGUCGGCAACGUCAGGCAGACGGCCACCGUGGAGUGCCUUCAUGGGAAGGAGGAGCUGCGUACGGGCGAACGGGCCGUCGUCCGCUUCCGCUUCAUCAAACACCCAGAGUACCUCCGGCUGGGUGCCAAGCUGCUCUUCAGAGAGGGCGUCACCAAAGGCAUCGGCCACGUCACCCGGCUCCUGCCCACCUCGCAGAACCACGACCAGAACCAGAACCACGACCAGAACCUGCAGGACCACUGAGGACGGAGCGGGACGGACCUCGACGCCGCCAGACGCUCCUGUCCGCCUCCGUGAGAACGUCCGUCCAGCGUCUGGACGUCAUCAGCACGCCACAGAGCGGGUUCGCCCUCCUUAAUCCGCCUUCGUCCGUCCUCUUAUCUGCAGCUUCCCUCCUCAUUAAAGACUCUCAACUCGCCUGAAAAUUAAUCUGUCAUCUCUCUCCUCGUGGCAAAUCCUCAAGUCUUUUUAGCUUUUUUUCUUUUUUGUACAACAAACAUUUCGUGUCUUGAGUCGCAGCCAGCUGACCUCUUAGGGAGCCGAGCUUAAGCCCGCACUGAUAAUCUGAUGUUGUGGCACAGAUUGCAUUAAGAGGCUCCUUUUCAUCGGUGCGGCUGUCACGAGAAUCCGGCGGGAUUACUUCAUGGAUUUGAGGAAUGGUUUUAAAGUGGCAGAUUGCUCGCUUCUCAAGUCUUGUGGGUGCAGUGAGCUGAUGAGGUCCAGCAGUCACAUGGAAAAGAUCUAAUUGAGGAUUUUACCGCUGCGCCCCUCAACGCCCAGACACCUCCACCCACUGAGACCGAACGUCCCAUUCUGAGGUGAAGGUUAGAUAUUUUGCCGUUUCCUGUUGCCGUUUUUUCCCGGUUAGAAAUAAGACAGUUUGACAGGCCUGUGUUUUCUUUUUUUCCUCACUGACAUGAAGGAAAUGUUCAGUUUUACCUGCAGACACCUUGUUGAGAGGACUUUACAAUUCCACAUCAUUUAGCUCAAAGGAUCCCAAACUUUCUUCAUGUCAGGGACCCAGAACAUUCAAACAAAACUGACCAUGGCCUCGAUAUUUUGGAGGAUUUUGACUGAGAAUGUUUUUUUUUUUGUUUUGUUUUGUUUUUUUUGUCAUGGUGGGAAGAAAAAAAGAACGUACAGUCAAACUAGGACCAGCAGAAAUUAUGAUCAGUUUUCAUUCUGCUGCUCCGGCUUCAAGGGAAAUCUGUUACCGUUACAUUAAAGUGUUCUUACUUUUGCUGGGACGUCCUUCAACCCUCUCAAGGACCCUCAGUGGCCCCUGGGACCCCAGUUUGGGAAUCACCUGAAUGAGCUGACGCAUGAACCUGUGACCUUCUGGUUGGUGGAUGGUCACUCUGACCGAUUCGUAAUUUAUUUUCAGACUUCACGAAUCCAUUUAAUAAAUAAAAGAGGAAGGGGCAAAAUGUCGUCACGGCAACAUCCCAGAUUUAAACUGGUGUGAUGCUGAAGUCAUAACCCCGUUGUUAACCAUGAUACCUUUGCUUAGGGCUUGUCCAUACAACAAUAAUUAUUGCAAUAUACCUCUCCUCAAAAUACUGAAAAAUGUUCUCAGAAUUUACAAGAAAAAUAUCACAAAUUUCUGAGAAAAAAAAUCUGAAAAUUCUGAGAUUUUGAAGUCACAAAUGUAUGAAGAAAACUUAGAAAAAUUGUUUUCUUUUACUUUUUUAUUUUUUGGUCAAAGAACCAAGCAGAGCCAUGUGGUUCCUUGACCAAAAUAAAAACAAACAAACAAACAAAAAAAACCCAUAAAUUUUAUAAUCUCAGAAUUUCAAGUUUUUUUUUCUCAUAAAUCUGAUUUUUUUUUCCAAUAGUUACUACUAAAAUCUCAGAAAAUUAUACGUUUUUUCUCAUAAAUUUACAACUUAAAUCUCAUCGAAUAUUCAAGUUUUUUCUUGUAAAUUUAUGACUUCAAUCUUGGAAAGUUUUUUCCUCCCUGGUGCUGUAUUUUUUUUCUCCCUAAAACGGCCUGAAUACGCUGUGGUAUAAUUCAGAUCUUCGGCUCUGCAGCUCCUCCAGCAGAUGGAGAGCCGACACUCGGUUUGCUCUUUGCCCCAAAAACAAAACAAAACAAAAAAAUCAA